AUGGAUCUGGAGCUCCCUCGGCUGCAGCGAACCGGAUCAGUCCCGGGGGCCCGGUUCCCAUGCGGCCCCGCUAGCUGCUGCUCCCCGGUGCCUCCGGGACACGGUACUGGGGCAACCGCCCCCCCCGGCCCGGCUAUCCCUGGUAUCUCGGCCGGACGCGUUGUGUCCUCCCCUCUACACACAGUUCCCGGUCCUCGCUAGAAGCGGGAAGGCCCCGAGCCACUCCGGGGGCGAGGAGGCCGGUGCCAGGCUGCGGGGGCGGGACUUGGCUGGGUUUGCCCAGGAUACCGGAGAUCCUGGUGCGCGGCCCCGGCAGCGGGCGAAGGCGGCUGCGCAACCGGGGAGCAAAGCGGCGGCCGGGACAGCCCGAGGAGUGUCAAGAAGGGGGGAGCUACAUCCCGUCCCCGCUGCGCCGGGGCACGGAGCGGGCAGACGGGCCCGCGGCCCUCUGCUGGGAUCUGCCGGAAGCAGCACCGACAGACAACACCGGGUCCGGAGGGUCCCUGGGCACGCAGCGCGGGGUGCUGCUUCCCCCAGCUCAUCCCUCAGCCUGGGCGAUGGAGCCGGAGGCCCCGGAACUCCCGGAGCCGCAGGACGAGCUCUCCGCGGGCAGCAGCUUCCCCAGCCCCCCCUUCCGGGGCUGGCGGCUCCCGGAGGAUGCCGACAGCAAAGCCGAGGAGUUGCUGCAACUGGUGGCGAACCCCGAUGAGGUCUGCGGCCUCGGGGGCCACAACCUCCCGUCCCCGGACGCCAAGCGCCCCGAGGACUCCACGCCCGUCCCCCUCUACGAGGUGGUUUGCGACCUCAGCGCCCCCCUGAACGGCGGCGUCGUCUCCAUUCAACUGGAGGACUGGCUGUGCCCUGCACUGCUCCCCAGCUCCUGCAUCAUCAAUGAGCUGCCCCUGCCGGGCCCCAGCCCCACAGUGAGUCCCCGAUGCCCCCCCACCGUGUGCCCCACACACCACGAGACAGCCCCAGCCCCACGGGGAGUCCCUUCAGCCUUCUCCACGUCCCCACGUGUUCCACUGCAUCAGCUUCGCCUGACGGAGGAGGAGAAGCGGCUGCUAGCACAGGAGGGAGUGACGCUGCCCGGUGCCCUGCCCCUCACCCAGGCUGAGGAGCGGAUCCUGAAGAAGGUGAGGAGGAAGAUCCGGAACAAGCGGUCAGCCCAGGACAGCCGGCGCAGGAAGAAGGAGUAUCUGGACGGGCUGGAGAAUAGGGUGGCUGCAUGCUCGGCCCAGAAUCAGGAACUCCGGAACAGAAUCCAGGAGCUGGAGAAGCUCAACGGGUCCCUGCUGAGGCAGCUGCAGGCACUGAUCAAGCAGACCUCCAACAAGGCUGCCCAGACCAGCACCUGUGCCCUGGUACGGUGGCACUGGCACAAGCAUCAUGAUGCACCCACCAGUGUCCCCCCAGCUACUGGCAGCACUCAGGGAUACUCAACCCCUGUCCCUCCCUGGCAGAUCCUGCUCCUAUCCUUGGGACUCAUCCUCUUCCCCAGCUACAGCCCCUUCCACUGGCAGCUGCAGGGCAGCCAGGCUGGAGAGCAGCCCACUGGAGUGUUCCCUGUUCCCACAGUGAUUUCCAGGCACAUCUUGACCCAGGGGGAGCUGCUGGGACCAGCUGGAGAAUCCCAGUUCCCUGUGCCAGGGUGGCUGUGGAUGGAGGAGCCAGGACCUGCAGCUGCCGUGGAGAAUGAAGCUGGGAAGGUGCAGAGGGAUGGGAGGCUCCUUCCCGGCAGGGAGCUGGGCACCAACUCUUCAGACCAGGCCACCCCAGGGGAAAUGGGAACAGCAAACCAGAGACAUGGGGACGAGAUGUGACAAGCAACUCCCCAGGAUGAGGAAGCAGUGGGGGGACACUCAGCUUAGCCCAGCCCAGGCAGGGAGUGCCAGAUGUGGCCCUUCAGUGAAUAAACCCAAGCCUGGUUUGCACCCCAAGACGUAUCAGAGGGCUGGUGCUGCCUGUGGUGGUGUUGUGAAGGCCAAGGACCCUCCCAAAACUCCAAGAGAGUGUGAGGCUGGCAGCAUAACCAUGUCACUUCUACUCUCCUGGGCACAAAUGCCAGCACUGCUCUGGUGACAACCACCAGGGUUUAUUACACAUCACACUCCCCAAGUGUCCCCAGCAGGGCACCCCUCAGCCAGCCCACAGCACACCCCGGUGGCAUCCAGGGCAGCUGCUGGCACAGUCCUGUGACCACGGAGCAAGGCAGGGC